CUGUCUGCUGAUGAUGUUGAAAAUAUCAUCAUCCUUUGUAAUCUUUCGCGGUGCAGAUGAUGCUUACUCGCUCUAGCCUACAGGCAGCCAUCAAGCGCAGCAAGGCUGUGUAUGUGCAAUCUUCGCCAGCAGUUCCAGCAAAAGUGUGUUUUGUUAACCACUCGCCUCGCCUGCUGCUUUCGUUUGUUCAACGACGAGUGUGAUGAGAAUAUUCGUUCUAUGUGCUCGAAAGUGAAGCCGUUCGUCGAGAACUUGGCGUAGAAAAGUUUUUAAAAUCAGUUGCUAUAGUGAUAUUUUGUUCGGAAAUUCGGUCAGAACCUGCUGGAUCCGGAAACGGUUCUCUUUAGAUUCAAGUUUUGUUUUCCGUAAAUUGCCUGUUGCAGCCUGUCGAUGCAGUAAUUUGAGACGAGCUCAUUUCCGCUGACUGACUUGUUUCCACAUCAUGCUUGUGAAAGCCAACCCUUGAGAAGGUAGCAGAAAUCCAUUGAAAAAUUGGAUGCGUGGAUUUUUUUUUCUUGAGCAGCCCGGUAGUGUUUUUGUUGUUUUCGUGGCAAACUGUUACGCGGUGCGAAGGAAUUUCGUUGAUUAUAAUACUGUCUUGUUCGACUGUCGUCAGCGAAUCUCGGUAGGCGUGCGCAAUUUGUUGUUAUUUAUUCCGAGUGGCUGCUGCGAAAAAAGAGCUGUUGUUUACUAUUGAUUAGAAAGGUUUUUGCUCUUAUCGCCAGUGUUCUAUCGGGCAUUGUGGUCUGGCACUGGGUCUGGUUUAAAACUUUUAGUGUUAAGUGUUCUAAAGUUAGGAAACAAAUUGUGUCGUUAAAAGUUCACUUGUUAUAUUAUUGCGUUGUAAAUUAUUAAGGUGUAAAGUUGCCGAUAAGACUCGGAUCCAGAAAGCAGACUCAAAAUGUCCCAGGAAACGGCGGUGAAGCAGUUCAUAGACCUGAUAAACAGUUCCAGCAGUGACCCGAACCGGAAAGCGGUCACACCGGCGAUUGCGACCAAGUUCCUCCUAGCACGCAAGUUCGACAUUCCCCGGGCGGUGGCGCUAUUCGAGCAGCACGAGCAGAUCCGGCAACGCGAAGGUCUGUACGGGUUUGACCCGCUAGUUGACCCUCUGCGGACAGAGCUCGAAACGGGGAAGUUUACGAUAUUGCCCGGACGAGAUGCUAGUGGCGCCGCGAUCGCACUGUUCACUGCCAACCUGCACUACCCGAUGACGGUCACACACAAAAGCACCCUACAGGGGGUUGUGUACCAGCUGGACGUCGCCCUGCAGAGUGCCGAGACGCAAAAGGCCGGCCUGGUGUUCAUCUACGACAUGAGCACCUCUAAGUAUUCCAACUUCGACUACGAUCUGUCACAGAAAAUACUCACACUGUUGAAGGGCGGCUAUCCAGCGAGACUGAAGAAAGUGCUAAUCGUGACCGCCCCGCUAUGGUUUAAGGCCCCGUUCAAAAUCCUUCGAUUGUUCGUGCGGGAAAAGCUACGGGAGCGGGUGUUCACCGUAUCGAUACCACAGCUGAGCCUUCAUGUACCCCGGGACUCGCUACCAAUACGGUUAGGCGGAACGUUGGAGAUCGAUCAUUCCUCAUGGUUACUUCAUUGCUACAAAUCGAUGACGAAUCGUGAGGACGAAAUUAUCGCUGGAGUCGGACAACAGCAGCAAUCCAACAGUGCAUCCCAAGCCAACAACGUCGGCAGUACCAUGGGCAGCGGUGGAACUACAACCGUUACCACGGCCAUCCUGGAUCCGCAUCUGACCGGCGGGACAAUAACUGGUGGUACUACCGACCUGUCGGAGUACGUCUCCGGUCAUCACCGGUCACCAAGUAGCAACGUCGAUCACAUCGGUGUGGAGGACAUCGCUGACCUGACGGCGGCCGCGGCCGGAGUUCACCAUCAUCAUGUGCACCACAGUCACCACCAUCACAAUACCAGCAGUGAACUGUGGAGCGAAAAUCCGCCGAGCAGUGCGUCGUCCGGUUUCAGCGACGACGACAGUUUAGCCGGUGCCGAGGGAGAUCCAAAGACAAUAGAGCAGAUUGUACAAAUGGUGCGGGAGCGGGGCAAGCAGGGACUGAUACGGGAGUACGCCGAAAUUAAGGCACGAGCUCCGGAUGGUACCUUCACACAUGCUAAACUAAGAAAUAACCUGGCAAAAAACCGCUACACCGACGUACUGUGCUACGAUCACAGCCGGGUUGUGCUGUCCCAGGAGGAUGACGAUCCAACGUCGGACUACAUCAAUGCAAACUUUGUCGAUGGUUACAAGCAGAAGAACGCGUACAUUUCCACGCAGGGUCCACUGCCGAAGACCUCGUACGACUUUUGGCGGAUGGUCUGGGAGCAGCACUGUCUGGUGAUAGUGAUGACCACGCGGGUAAUGGAGCGUGGCCGGGUCAAGUGCGGCCAGUACUGGGAACCGACCGAGGGCAGCUUCGUGGAGUACGGUUGCUUCCAAGUUCGAACCAUAGCGGUUGAGUCGAAUGAGGACUACACGGUGGCCGAGUUGGAGGUGAAGAAUACUAAGACUGAUGAAGUGCGCUGCGUGUCUCAUUGGCAGUUCACCAGCUGGCCAGAUUAUGGUGUUCCGGCGUCGGCUCAUGCUAUGUUAAACUUUCUUCAACGUGCUCGUGAGAAGCAAGCAGAAAUGGUAAAGUCGCUGGGAGAUCUAUGGGCUGGUCAUCCCCGUGGACCGCCUAUUGUGGUGCACUGUAGCGCCGGCAUCGGUCGGACGGGAACGUUUAUCACACUUGAUAUUUGCAUAUCGCGGCUGGAGGAUGUCGGCAGUGCCGAUAUUAAGGGGACGGUGGAGAAGAUUCGUUCGCAGCGGGCGUACUCGAUCCAGAUGCCAGACCAGUACGUAUUCUGCCAUUUGGCUCUGAUCGAGUAUGCUCUAUCCCGAUCGCUGCUGCAAUCGGCUGACUUGUCUGGGUUUGACGAUCGGGACGACGACUCCGAUUAGGAUGUGUGUACGUGGUGUAUAGGCUAUGUGCGGUUUUUGUUUCAAUUAUGUUCUGUUUUGCGUAGACUUUAAGUAGGGUGAGCAUGUUAGACAGAGCGCGUUUUCCAAAUUAAAGGACAUAUUUUUAAAUCUUUAGAUAAAAGAUAGUGAGAGAUGGAAACUAUUUUAAAGCUUGUAGGAACAAUGAGUAGGAAGUACUUUCAAUAUAUAAUGUGUCCUGCUAUUAUUUCGUUUACCUUGUCAAAUUCAAUAUGUACAUCGAUUAUUUGAACUGCUAUAAUAGAUCAUUAAGUGUAUUGUUUUUCUAUUACCAUUUAGAACAUUUAUUUUUAAUAAAACCUAAAUCGUGAUUCCUUUGGUCGGAUCGAGAUUCACCAUACUUCGAUACAGUUUUCUCUCAAUUUCCCCGCUGAGAGGUUGUAAAUAUUAUUCAGUUAGCAUUCUACGAAUCCUACUAAAAUUUAAUAGCCCAUAAGCCGUUUCGUUGCUCAUUCUCAUCAUCCUGUAAGUAGUACACUUUUGUUCCAAAAAUAAACACCCAAAUCGGCAUAGCCCAUCGUCUCAAGUCAGUCUCAUGUUAUAUGUGAUUUUUCUUUCGCAUGGGAUAAAUAUUAUUCGACUUGCGACGGGGCCUCAAAAAUUGACCAACAUUGCAUCUUAUAGUCAAGUCAUACAACAGUAUAUCACUUUGAAUUUCUUUCUUUAACCGGAAUGCAUGAGAAUAGAAUACAAGAUUUCAUUUACCCAUGAAAAACCAGUCAUCAACUACCAUUCGGAAGAAGCACGACAAACGCAGGAAACUAAUAUUCUCGCUUGAAUAAAAUGUUAUGUUUUAGAAAGUAACCAGAACAAGUCCAGUGAAAUACGUAUGUGAACUAGAGAAAAAUGAAGAGGAAUGGUCAUUUAUUUUGUCUAUUUAUUUUUUUAAACCCUUAAAUAGUAAUAAUAGGGUUGGUUCAUGAACUAGUAACAAGAGUUUGAAAAGGAAAACAAUGCAAAAAACAAUAAUUCAACGGAAAACAACAAUUAAAUCAGUGAAGUAAUCCAACAAAAAUUGAUCAAGAGCAUGCGCCAACUCAUCAGCGAAUAAAUCUUGAUACAAACAUGUAUUUUGCCAUUUCGAAGGAAGUCACAAACUUUUGUGCGGAGGAUAUAUACUUUUACCAUCCUUUUACGAUACAAAUAAAUAAAAGUAAUUAAAGAAGUAAUAUUUAAAGUAAUGAAAGAAACAAAUAAUUUUAGUAAAUCUAUCAAUAAUACAGAUCAAAAACCAAGUAACUGAUAUUAAACAAAGUGUAAGUCUAACAAAAACAAAAUAUGUUGAUUCCGAAACAGAAAUAACCAGAUCACUUUUCAAAUCGAAAACCUUGUGCAUCGGUAGCAACGUUACUUUUCAGUCACAGAAGCCGAUAGGUAAAACAAACUCAAAUAAAUUUUAAACAGAACAACAAUAAGCGCGGGACUUGAUCCGCUACCGUUUCCCAACAAAAUCAAUGUAAGUGUAGACACAAUCUCACAACACGUACACACAGCAUAAAUAAGUGAUUUAUAGUUUAGCUAUUUAUUGGAAUAGAGACCAUCGAUAAAUGCGGUAUAAAACGACAAUUGUGCCACUAGGCAUCUGCGGUCGACGCUGAGCGGGUGAAAACCGGCGUAUGUUGGCCCUGUUAUAAUACUGCUUUACCGCAAGGACCCAUACCAUGUGGGAGUCAAGAGAACUUGUCAAAUUUGUUGUCAGAACAAACUACAAACGGGAAAAAAUGCAACUAAAUAAAAGCAAAAAAUGUGAGAAAGUGAAA